CAGGGUGUGGGUGUGUAGCCAACUCAGCACUCCUCAGACCCCUUGAAGGCUGAAACCAGAAAAUGGCCCAAGAUGGGACUUUUCUUUACUUUAGUUUCGGCUCCUAUAUGAGCUCAGCUAGGAUUCACCAGUUCUGCCCUACAGCAAGCUUUGUGAGCAUUGGGCAGGUGUAUGGCAAGCGUAUCAGGUUCUGUGGCUGGUCAGAAUCUUGGAAGGGGGCGGGGUCGACCAUGGUGGAGGGUGGAGAGGUUGUGUGGGGGGUGGUCUGGAGACUGGAAAGAGGGCAGUUACCCAUGCUGGACAGACAAGAAUCCCCUUUGCUGGCGAGAGGAGAAAUAGAAGUUGAGCUUGGCUCUGGUGAGAAGCUGCAAUGUCAGGCGUACCACAUGUGCAAAGAGGAGAACGAUGAACUCCCAUCUCCAAUGUACCUCAAGACUAUCGUGGCCGGUGCUAGAGAGCAUGGACUACCAGAAGACUACGUACGAAACACUUUUUUAUGUGUACAGAACAAUGGUUACAAAGAGUAACUUUAUAAUUCUAGUAAUUUUUAUGUUUUUUCUAAUGUAUAUAAUUAUAACAAGAAUCUGUUUUUAAUAGGCUGAGCCAAUCCUAUCAGUAACUAUGUACUUGUGUAAUUUUCUUGUGACUUGGAAAGUCAAUUAUUAUUGUCUAUGAGUAGAUCCCAGGCUAUGCCCUUUUGUGAAACAUUUCUACAACAUGA